UUACAACCACAGCUGUCAAAGUCAAACUCAAAUGGAGUUAUAUAGCGCAUUUGAUUGACUUGACAAAUACGCGAGUCCGAAAAAAACACGUCAGUAUUUCGCAGGUUUAAAUUACCAAAGAUUUCUAAAUUAAAAGCAUUACAUUGAAUCCUGUUGCGUGAUAUAAUAGUUAUUAUAUUUAUUUAAAAGGUGCGUGUUUGUGCGUUAGUCGCAACAUGGAAUUGAACAAAUUGGUCAAGUUAAAUAUAUGGUUUAUUACAUUGUCUACGGUAUUUUGUUCCGUGCAGCCGCCGGCUAUCAGUCCCGCUUUACUAAACGCGCCGAAGAAUAUAGGCGAGUGUAUGUCCUGUAAAAUAUUCGUCGAAUCGUUUAAAAAGGGUCUCGAGAGAACCUCCAGGGGAAAGUACGAGGGCGGAGACGCGGCCUGGGAGGAAGAGAAACUCAAAAAGACUUACAAACGCAGUGAGAUUCGGUUAGUUGACAUACAGGAAGGUAUAUGUAAGGAUGAGAGUAAAUAUGGCAUACAGUGCCAUCAUGUGGCGAAUAAGGCGGAAGAUUUUAUAGAGGAAUGGUGGGCACAGAAUCCAGAUGAGUCUGAGGAUUUAUACUCUUACAUUUGUAUUGAUAAACUUAAGUUUUGUUGUCCUAAGAACCAUUUUGGGAAGGAUUGCAAGCCUUGUUUGGGUGAUCACAGUAAUCUGUGCAGUGGAAAUGGAAAAUGCCGAGGCGAAGGCACUCGUAAAGGAAACGGCACCUGUCUUUGCGAUACUGGUUACUAUGGUGAAAAUUGUGACCAAUGUGCCGAUGGGUACUUCCUGUCAUAUAAAGACGAUAACAAAAUGCUUUGUUCCGAAUGCCAUGUGGCCUGCCUGGGCGGUUGUCAAGGUGGUACACCUAAAGACUGUGUCGCUUGCAAACCAGGCUUCAUAUUUGACACAAGUGUUGGAUGUCUCGAUAUAAAUGAAUGUGAAGACGAUAAGACUUGUACUGAGGACCAGAUUUGUUUGAACUCUCUUGGAUCAUUCGCUUGUAUGAAUUGUGAUAAGGCGUGCGAAGGUUGUCAUGGUGUGGGACCGGAUAUGUGCAAGAAGUGUGCUCCAGGAUACAUCCGGGAUGGAGAGUAUUGUGUGAUUGAGAGCAAAGCCGAGGAUGUCGGAGAUAUAUCAGCCACAACCAGGUACUUUACAUACAUCGGUUUGCUCAUAACUAUUGCAAUACUGAUGACCAAGUCGACGUCACUCGCCAGCAUAGUUGGUGUCAUGGUUAUGUCAUACAUAAUGGGUGCGGAGUACUACUGCAUGAUAAAUGGACAUCAAGGACUUGUGAAUCUUACCGACUUUGACUUGUUUCAGCUUCUUCGUACUUAAGUCUAUGUUUAAAUGUAAAAAUAUGAAACAAGUGUAAGACUUAUCAUGUAUUUAGGGUUCCGUAGUCAACAAGGAAGCCUUGUAUUUUUGCCAUGUCCGUCUGAUCUAUUAAGUGUUAUUUUUUGUUAGAGUUGAGAGAGUUUUGGACAUUUCCUCACCCUCUACUAAACGGUUAAAUGGUUAUAUGUAAAUAAGUGUGAAUGAAAAAAAUAAUUAAUAACAAGGAAAACUGUAACACCUAAGUAGCAUUACAGUCGACCAACUUAAAAAACGUAAAUGGAACUCGAAAAUUGCAUAUUAAUUCCGUUGGUAAUUAAAAAGAUAAAGAUGUUAGUGAGAUAGCUAAGCCUGUUAAAACUAGAAACCUAGAAUUUAGCACGGGUGAAUAUGAAUCACUUAUAUAAGAUGGUAAAAAGUAAAGUAAAAAAGAUUUUUUUUCUCGUCUAUCUCAUAGUGUGUGAUAGUGAUAGUGUGUAUCACUAUCAGUAUUUUUGCAUUUUAUGAGUUUGAACUUUAAAAUUUAAUCUACGGAACCCUAACUGCGCGUGGCCCGACACGCACUUGACUCGGUUUUUAAUACUUAUCAAUAUUUGUUUCGUUAUAUAAAUUUUGUUAUAAAUUAAACUUUUUCUACAAAAUCCAAAAAAAAACUAAUCUUGUAUAAUAUUUUUUGUAUAUGAAAUAUUUUAUACUCUUUAAUAAAAUAUCGUUGAGGUACAUGAUUGAUAGGGAAGUUGACUGUCUUUCUUGACUGGGGUAAUCGGAAAAACAGGGAAUUCUUAGGUUCUUUUUUGUGACUUCAAUUUUGAUUUAGGUAAUCAUUUAUAUGUAUUAAUUGUAAAAAAAAACUUAAACAGCUCAAGAUUUUUGCACAAAGCAUUUUGGGACGUAUCCAUUAAUAUUAUUAUUUAGAAAUCAUGUUUGUGUCAUGGAAAAGUUCCUGUGGUUUUUAUUUAUUUUUAUAUAAUCUAUACUAAUAUUAUAAAGCUAAAGAGUUUGUUUGUUUGUUUGUUUGAUUGAACGCGCUAAUCUCGGGAACUACUGGUCCGAUUUGAAAAAUUCUUUCAGUGUUAGAUAGCCCGUUUACCAAGGAAAGCUAUAGUCUAUAUAUUAUCCCCGUAUCCCUACGGGAACGGGAACCACGCGGGCGAAACCGCGCGGCGUCAGCUAGUCAUGAUAUAAUUUGGAGGGCGACCUGCUUAUUCAACGUGGAAUACUUACCUAUUACCUACCUUAGAAUGGUUAUGCUAAGUAAAUCUCACCAAAAAUACAUAUGAAUAAAAAUCUUCUGUAACUGUUUUUAUGGUCACCCUCUACUGUAAGGGCUGGACCUAUUUUAAUGAAUUUCUUUGUGUUUGAGAAUAGGGCAUAAAGUAUUUUUCACCCUUCUACCUCCCCCCAUUUGUAUUCGUGUUAUUUGUAUUUUUCUAUGAAAGAAAUUUAUAUGACAGAACGUUUGCCUGGUCACCUGGUUAUUUACAUAAAAUAAUUAAAAAUUAGGGUAAUUUAUAAGAUGAUUUAGAAGAUACAUGCGAAAAGUACCCACAUUGAUUAUUUUUCUUGUUAUGAUUAAUUUAAUGAAAAUACAUAAUUAAAUAAUUUAUUGUUAGGUAUAAUAAUUAAUUUAAUGAAAAUACAUAAUUAAAUUAUGUUUUUGUCAGCAGGUGAUAAUUUUAUGAUUCCUAUUUAGUUUUUAAUAGUAUUUAAUUUUCGCUUUAUGAUCGUUUAUUAAUUCAAAUAGAUAAUUAUAAUAUAAAUCUAUUGUUCAGUGCAGUUGCGAUUUGAUUUAGUAUGAAUUUGUAAUUUUUGAUGAUGAUUACUUUAAAAUUGGAAUUGCGAUAUUAAUCAAGAUACCAGUAAUUUAAAUAGAAUAAUAAGAUAUAAUAUGUAAUUAAGUGUCAUAUUGAUAAUUGUAUUUUUUAGUUUUUUAUUUUGUUUUAUUAAAAUUGUGUACUAGACAAAAUCAUUGAAAUAAAUUGCAUACCUAUGUACCUUU